AUGGCUGGUCUCGAAACAGAUACGAUAACGCUCAGCAGCCUUGCAAGAACGCCCGCGUCCAGUCGCUCUGAACUCUACGAGGGGCUGCCCCUUCCUCGGCCCAAAUCAUCAAUCCGACUUCUGCAUCUAGACCGAAAUGUCCAUGGAUCUUCAGCAUCUGUUGAGGGAAAACUACGCGUCGUUAAGCUUGAUGACAGCCCACAAUUUGUUGCCCUCUCAUAUGUUUGGAAAGACGGCGAAGAAGACAAUUCGGGUGACAGGUUCAUUAGAUGCAACAAUUUCGAAUUGCCAAUAACCAAAAGUUGUCACGAUGCUUUGACAUCGCUACGCGAUUCCUGUGCCCCCAUGGACAUAUGGGUCGAUUCAAUCUGCAUUGACCAGGAUAAUGAAGAAGAAAAAAACCUACAAAUCGAGAUCAUGACCGAAAUCUAUACAUGGGCCAAGACGGUGUAUGUCUGGCUGGGACCCGGAAGCAUUCAUACCGACAAAGCAAUCAAAGGUCUCAAAAGGGCCUCGAAUUUCCGCGUACAUUAUCCAGGAGUUCCCUGGACAAAUGGAAAAGUCCAAAGGACGUGGCGUGAUGUUUACUUGCUGGUGACCUCGACUAUGCUUUGCUAUAGUCUGCUGUUCCUUUCGGGACUUACCUUCGGCACUUUUGGAAUUCGACAAUCAUUCAAGGCUGAGGAUUUAGAUGAACUCCUGAGUAGGGGUUGGAUCGGCCGAGCCUGGACCUACCAGGAGAUUAUAUUCGCCUCUAACCCAAUCAUUCGAACUGCUUCGCACGAGAUCCUCCGUCAGAAGAGAAAGUGA